UUUUUCCCCGAGCCCUCGUAUUUCGUCCAAAUUUUGUCCAAACGUCGCCCGUAGUAUACGAACAGAAUCGUAAACACGGUUUUUAACGAGAUUUCAUGUGUCCGCAGUCCGCUUCAAGACGAGUAGGCACUUCUUGCAGUAAUUGUCAAACGACGAUGACGUCGUUAUGGCGUCGCAACACUCUGGGCGAGCCUGUUUGCAACGCGUGCGGCCUUUAUUUCAAGUUGCACGGGGUGAACAGGCCUCACACCAUGAAGAAAGACAGCAUUCAGACGCGAAAGAGGAAACCGAAGGGAGGGAUGAAGUCUAGUGACACGCCGAUCGCCGGGAAUGUCGCGGGAGUGAGCAAUAACAACACGACCAUCACCACGGCCAACAACAACAACAACAACAACAACAACAAUAACAACAACAACAAUAGCUUGAAAUUAGAACCUGGUACGAAUUCCAAUGCGAUCGACACGUAUGGCGAGUUAAGGAUGAGCCAUGCCGGAAUGCCCCAAGUGAGCUACGGCAGCAGCCUUUACGGAAGCCCUCAAUCCGCCACCCAGAUCGUUUCCUAUCAGUCUGCAUCCUCUGGAAUGUACUACGAUAUGAUCGUUUCCCAGCAACAACAACAACAACAACAACAGCAGCAGCAGCAGCAGCAGCAGCAACAACAGCAACAACAGCACCAACACCAUCAACAUCCGCAACUUCUCGAGACUCACUCACCGAAAGUCGAGUGCCCGUCACCACCGUGCGCGAAUCGAUCCCCUGUUAUGAUAUCCGCGAGUCAUUCGCCCGAUCAUCAUCAACUUCCAUCCCCGCAUAUCGUUACGCUUGGAAAUUCCUCGCCAAGCACGGCGGCAACUAAAAUUAUUCUCGACAACGGCCAUCUAGACAGACCGUCCGUCGUCUCGCGAGACCGACUUUUGUCGACGACAAAAUUGAAGUCGUCCGUCGAUGGAAAAAUUCGUUGUUAAUCUGCGAGAAAUAGGUACAAAAAACGCGAAA